GCCAUUAUGGUGCUAGUUGCAAACAUGGUCGUACCGACGACAACAACAAGACCACGCGUUGCCAACCUCUCUACCCUCCGUCGCCUGCGAGCCGCCGUCAGCGCCGCCGCUCGUGCUGCACAGGCGCCGAGGCCCGCGACUACUGCCAAGCUUACCACCCUCCAAGAAGCGAAUACUCGGAACCUGCCGGAAGUAUGGUUCAGAUCUACGUUCCCCUUCGGAGGCACUCAGCCGGUUAUGCCCAACGGCCAGUCACCACCGCCUGACCCUCGCAAGGUCAAGCUCGGAAAAACUCUUCGUAUCCUCCAGGAGCGCCUCCCGACACUCCUCGAAUCGCCUCUCCCGCAGGAAAUCCUGGCGCCCAACAUCUCCCUGCACCUCUUCCCCUCAACGCACCAGCACCUGCCCGUCGUAUCAGGUCGCGUCGCCUACAUCGCUGCGCUAUGGACGAGCCCGAUAGCGUGGAACCGCGUGCCGCUGAUUGGCAACAACCGCCUCGAGAUACUGUCGGAGCGCAUGGUCGACCAACCGAUACAGUCGACUCCGCGAAGGGCCGGCGCCAUGGGCGAGCAGCUCGUUGUGCGAUGGCGCAGCCUGGGCGGCAGUAACGUCUUUGGGCUCGGCGGCAGUGAUGACGACAGGAGCAAGGAUUUUGUCGGCCUGUUCAUCUUUGAUUUCGAUGCCGAAGGGAGGAUUCUGAGCCAUACCAUCGAAACGGUCCAGGAGGGAGGCCACUGGGAGAAGGGAGUCGGCGCCAAGGUCGUCGGGCUGACGGAUUGGCUUCUUGGAAAUAUCAAGAGAGGCGGUGCACCCGAGGGUAGCCUGGCUGCCUACCAUGCGCCUCGUAUAAGAAGAAGGAGGUGA